CCCGAGAGAGCUUUUCGUGUUAGUCAAAUCGCUCGUGCGCCACUGCUGGUCACACAAAUCGACUUCGGGCAGGUGUUCGUCCUAAUGACCGACCCUCUGUCCGCGUGAGUGUUUGAUUAUUGAAACCGCUUUAAAGCCAUCAUGAAAGACGUGUGGAGCUAUCGGCUCUGCUGCAGUUCACAGCCCCCCACCACCACCACCACCAACAACAACCACCACUACAACACAUCCUCUUGAUAUGUGCUGUCCUGCGGACUGGGCGGUCUUUUGUUUUCGUACAAGGGCGUCGACGUUUUAUUGUGUUUUUACCCAAUUUGUUAGCAUUUUCUGAUCUACUCGAUCGCAGCAGCAGCAGCAGCAGCAGCAGCGACGUCCCAAGGAGGGGCAUCCCCGUGGAGUUUAUUACUGAAGAGGAAGCACCACGAACCAGUGAGUCGAGACGGAGACGGACAAGAGCAAACAUGUUCGAGAUGAGAGGAAUCCCCUUUGUCCUGCUCGACAUAGCCUGCCUGGUUCUAGCUGGACUGCCAUUUCUAAUACUCAAUGUGAAACACGCGCCUUUCCGCCGGGGCUUUUUCUGUAAUGAUGAUUCAAUCAAGUACCCCCUUAAAGAAGACACCAUUUCCUAUGAGUUAUUAGGAGGUGUUAUGAUUCCCGUCACAAUAAUCACUAUUAUCUUUGGCGAGUGCCUUUCAGUUUAUCUAAAGCGCGUCCAAUCCAAGUCCCCUUUCGGCAGCUACAUUUCCUGUGUUUACAAAGCCAUCGGUACCUUCUUGUUUGGUGCCGCGAUGAGCCAGUCUCUGACCGACAUAGCCAAGUACUCCAUAGGCCGGCUCCGGCCGCACUUCCUGGACGUGUGCAAACCUGAUUGGAAACUUAUCAACUGCUCAUCAGGGGAUUACAUUGAAAACUUCAGCUGCACUGGAGACGCGAAGAUGGUCAAUGAGGGCAGGUUAUCCUUCUACUCUGGCCACUCCUCUUUUUCCAUGUACUGCAUGCUGUUCCUGGCUCUCUACCUGCAGGCUCGACUCCAGGCUGAAUGGGCGAGGCUGCUGAGACCCACUCUCCAGUUUUUCCUGAUUGCUGCCUCAGUGUACACGGGAUUUUCCCGGGUGUCUGACUAUAAACAUCACUGGAGUGAUGUGCUGUGUGGACUCCUGCAGGGUGCGCUCAUGGCUACCCUGGUGGUUUUCUGUGUGUCUGACUUUUUCAAACCACGAGUAGAUGCCCGUCAAGAAGUUAACAUCCCACACACAACUCUGCAUGAGACCCCAACGAAUGGAAACCACUGUGAGAGUCCCAACUAAGCGGAGUAUGGAGGACAACACCUUUCUGCUCCGUCUAAACGCACACCCAGGAUCCCAGCUCUCUAGCCUUUAUCUCAUGCAAAUUUUCAUCCAAUACCCUGCACGGAUUUACAGUUCAAUCUUACUUCAAGUAAGUCAGUUGACGGCUGUGCAUCCCAGAAGAAAUCGUUGGAAGCUACACUUCAGGCCUGUUCAUAUUCCAAGACUUUAUCAUUUUAGGCUGUCCUUUCAGCUGCCAAUCCUCAAUCUGGAAGGAAAGUGGCAUUACCUAUCGAAGCCUUGUAGAUAUGCUUAAGUGACUUAGACAGAUGUAGGUUAGGGGCUAGAGAUGUGUAAAGAUGGGAACCAUUUAGCAUGUAUCUAUCUACUGAGCUAGUGGGAAGACUAAACUGCACGCACCCACUAAAGGGUCUGACCACUGCUAAGAGAAAGGAGGGCUGGAAACGUGAAUGUAACCUUGUUUUGUUCUUGUCCUGACCUGGAGUCCGUCUGCUCAAGGAUCAGAUUUAGAAUCUGUUUCAGCUCGGCUCCAGCGAGAUGCUGAAUCUCAUCACUUUGCUGCCUUAUGUCAAGUGUUAAAGGGCUAAUUAUAAGAGGAAUGUUUGCUUCUCAAAGCUAGAAUGUGCUGGAGACUAAAGCUGAUCCUAGACCAGAGGGCAAAACAGCUUCACAUCUGGAGCUGCAGACGCCAGGCCACUGACGUACUCUCCAACCGUCUAACCUUAUAUAGUCAAGAAGGAAGCCUGAUCUGUAACGUGUUUGGUUAGAAAGUUGAAGAGUAGACUGUCAGUUUAUGUCCCGUGAUGCCUUUGCUGGACUUUUACUGCUGCUAUCACAGCUCCCUGUGUAUCUAAGAAGCAACAAACAUCAAGUGAACAGACAAUGUUAAUCUGUAUGUACAAAAAACAAAUCAUCAUACAGACUUUUACUAACAAAAAGUUACUAUUUACAAAUGUCUCAAUUAGAAAA